AUGUCCCUGUCCAAUCCCUUAUCCCAUGGGUUGUUGAAAGAUCUUGGCAAACUUGUAGAGUUGAAAGGACGGGGUCUGAUUCUUGACCGUCACUUCGAGACGAUAAAAACACAUGUGAAGGCGGGAAACUCCGUUGCGAAGAAGCGGUGGGACGCCAUCGAGAGCGCGUGCGGGUUGAAGCAGAACGGUAUCUUCGACGAAGGAGAGUGGAUCGCGCAGAUUNUGGCUGCCAGGCCACGGACGUGCAGCGGGCCACGAGUUGCCUGCCAGUUGAAAGGACGGGGUCUGAUUCUUGACCGUCACUUCGAGACGAUAAAAACACAUGUGAAGGCGGGAAACUCCGUUGCGAAGAAGCGGUGGGACGCCAUCGAGAGCGCGUGCGGGUUGAAGCAGAACGGUAUCUUCGACGAAGGAGAGUGGAUCGCGCAGAUUGAUGGUGGAAUCCAGGGCAUUACCAGCAGCACCCGCCUGUCCUUGUCAUCCCAACAAGUUGCCAGCAGCGCACGAGGUGCUGCUGCACCUUCUCAGCACCCACCUGCUGCUGCAGCGGGUACCGCGAGGAGGAAGGUGGAUCGAGGGAAGCACGCCAGGGAGAGAGCUGCGAAAGGCACCUUAGGCGGCAACAUCUGGAACGCGUUCUCGAUUGGCAGCGGACAACCGGUGUUUUUCUGUUUUUUUAUUCCCGAAAGUCUAGCAAGAGAAAAAAUGAAAAAAAACAUAGCGCCAAAACUAAGAGCGACUGACACGUCACAUGGCUCGUUGAAUCCCCUACACGGCAAUUCCGCCCUUUCCCAUCGCACCGAGCAGAUUGAGCGGACUCGUGAUGGAGUGAAGGAGUUCGUAUCCGGUAUCAGCUUCCCGCCUCCGGCCCCGGAGUCCCACCGAUCCUGCCCUCACUGUCCCACGACCUUCGUGAACGAUCAAGGCCUUGGGAUCCACGUGAGAACGCAGCACAGCAGUGCAAACAUGUCCAACGGCGUGCGGCUGCGGCGGAUGCUACGGAAGAAUCUCGAAGGGCGUGUCCUGCCGUGGGAAGAACCCGGGCCUGGGCGUUGUUGGCACGUGAAGGUCGAUGAUGCGACGGGGGCGGCUUCGUUUGUCCUCCAGCGGAAGCGCUUUCUCGAUCUAGACUUGGAAAGCGACGGCUUUAUGGACCGCGAAACCAAGGAAACUCGUGGAGCUCCCAAGCGCAGGCGAUACGACUAUAGGUUCAAAGCCAAUGCUGUCAACCAGCUGCGCAUCCUCGAGGACAACGCCGCGGACCUCUGGAAGGAGGAGGAGCGCACGCCUCUUCAGUACUUAGAGGAUCGUCUCAAGGUUCACUACAGCAACAUCGUGAAGUGGGCCAAGGACGAGAAGGCCAUAGUCGCGGCGGCAGCAGACGACGUGAAGAAGAGCCUCCUCGCCAAGCAGCAGCCUAAGCGGUGGUUUCCUGAGGCAGAAAAGAGGCUUUACAAGAUGUUCGUGGAGCGGCGUAAGAGGAAGCUGAAGGUAUCGACCCUGUGGCUGACGAUCACGUUCCGGAAGCUCGUGCGAGAGAUGUAUCCCGGGGACCAACGGGCGGCGGCGUUCCGCGCAUCCUUCAGGUGGGCACGAAAAUGGGCCAAGAGGCACAAUCUGUCCAAAAGACGUCGAACCAACCUCAAGAACAAGUCUGGUGAGGAGCGCCUACCAAACAUCCAGCGCUUCCACCGACUGUUUCGCAAGCUCCUGCAAGAGCCGGUGCGGUACAGGGCGCCCGAUGAGUCGGACGUAUCGGCGAUUGCGACGGUCGCAGAGAGGGAGUCCAGAGUUCCCAAGUAUGGCCAAUUCCAGCUCUGGGAGCGUGCGAAGCGCGUCGCCAUCUCACAGCCCUUUCCUGGCCUAGAGAAAAGGCAGUGCACCAUGCAAGUCAUCUUUGGUCCGGGUGAGAAGACCUUGCGAAUUUCGGUGAUUUUCCGAGGCACGGGGAAGCGGAUCUCGCCGGUGGAGAAGGCCGCGUACCACAAGGACGUGGACGUGUUUUUCCAGGAGAAUGCUUCGGCCGACCAAAAGUUCUGUAUGGAGUGGGCUAAGAGGUCCUACCGCGAAGGCCUGAUGCGCGGGCGGGGUGAGCUUCCCAAGACGAGGUCCAUUCUUAUCAUGGACAACUUGCACCAGCAGACGACGGACGAAUUCAAGGAGUAUCUUGCGAAGGAGUGCAACACUUUCGCCUGGUGUGGCCCUUCUGAGUGCACGGACGAGGUGCAGCCAGUUGAUGCAGGAGCCGGACGAUUCAUCAAGGUGGAAGCUGGGAGGCAGAUGGACAUGUGGCUCGAGCAGUCGGACAACCUCGAGAGGUGGGAAACCGCGGCGCUGACAGCCUCUGAUCGGCGGGUACUGAUCACUCAGUGGAUUGGAGCGGCCAUGGCAAGACUCAACAGCCAACAGGCGUUCCGAUUCCGCCCUUUCGAUAAGUGCGGGAUGGCCAUGACGGUGGACGGCUCAGGCGAUGAUCGGAUCACCUUGGAGGGUUUGGACAAGCCGUACACCUUCGCAAACGAUGAAGACUGUAGCGAGGACGAAGGAGGUUUGGAGAACGGCAGCGAUGAGCGUGAGGGGCGGGGGAAGGAAGGCGGUGGACGUGAGACGGUCGUGGAGGGCGCUGAUUCCAGCGAUGAUGAAGACGACGGCGGUAUAUGCACUAGACCCAAUCUUUGUCAUUUCCUUGUCGAUUACGAUGAGGGCGACGGAUGUGAGACGGUCGUGGAGGGCGCUGAUUCCAGCGAUGAUGAAGACGACGGCGGCACGGCUCAAACUCAGACCGAUGAGCUAGCUCUUCUCGACGACGACGACGACAGAAUGGACCCACAAGACCCGGAGGACGAGACACAAGGAAUGGAGAGCCCGACAGGCUUUCGCAUUCAAGAAGUUAAACCCGUUGCUCUUGACAGAUUGCUUUUGCGACGUGGAGUGCUCGUUAGGCUGGGGAUGGGGUGGUUUCGAGGGUUGAUCAUUCAGCAAUCUCAGCAGGACACUCGCCACCUGUACGACUACUGUGUGCAGCUGGAGCUAGACCAGAGUACGCGCAAGAUGAAGCUUCCCUUAGACAAGUACACCGGAGAUCUGGAUGCGGCGGUAGGCUCCUGGGUCUUGCUUGAGAGCGUUAGUAGAUCGGGGAGGGUACGCAGGACCAACGUCACCCUUGUGGACCACGAUGGUUGA